AUGGAUACUCCUGGUAUUGCUCUUAAAAAAAACUCAAGUAUAGCUUUACCCUAUCUAUACUCGGUCGAUCAAAAAUGUCGAUCUUGCGGAGUCAAAUUACAGGAUGAAGACAAAGACAAACCAGGAUACUUUAUCAAGCCCUCGGCACAUCUUGUUCACGCCAAGUUACCAAAGAGGCACGAAGACAUAGUUUUUGAUCGCCACUUACAAAGUUUGAGUAAAGAGAAUCAAGAACUACUAAUCAACAACUUUAACGUAAAAAAGGGAUCUUUUUUACCGACUGAUUCCCAAAACGAAACACCUCGUGAAAUCCUCCAAAACAUAUAUACUGUAAAAUCAGACAAGGAUAGUAUGGAUUGUAUUCGGUGUCGCAACAUCACCUUCCAAACGAGUUUCAAAAUGAACCACGAACAAUUUCCAAUAAACGAGCUACAUCAAGUGGUAUCUCAAAUCCCCAAAAGUGCACCUUUGGUUUAUUUAUUCAGUGCCCUAGAUUUCCCAAUGGGCAUUAAUCCGGAGAUCUUUAAAUUCAGAAACCCCAAGGAUAUUUACUUUAUAAUGACUAAAACUGAUAACUUGGUUGAGAAACGGAAUACAGCGGGACAAAAGUAUGCGAGAACUUUUCUUUCCGACUAUCUUGAAAGAGAAUAUGGAGUACCUUUUGAAAAUAUAUUCAUUGCAUCAAGUAAAGAGAGUUGGAACGUUUCUGAGUUGUACCGAUUCAUACCUAAUGGUUCAUUCGUAAUAGGGAACAUAAAUUGUGGGAAAUCCUCUGCUAUUAAAAGUUUGAUGCUUGAUGAAGAGUUGAGCAACAAAAAAGAGCAAGCAAGAGAGGUUGCAUGUAAAUUAUUGUAUAAACAAAAACAACGGUUUGUUGAUUCAUUUAAUAAGAAAAUCGGGCCAGGAAUUUCGUUUUUGCCUGGUUUUACAAGAGACAUUAUACCAGUCAAUAUAGGAUUAAAGACAGUGUAUGAUGUGCCUGGCUUCAGUUCAAAUUCACAAAUUCACCAACUAUUCAAAUCGUUUAAAUCACCAAAGGAUAUUCACAGAUUGAUUGAAUGCAAUAAAGCUUAUAAAAAGGGGACUUAUAAUUCUCGAUACGAGUCCUUCAAGGGCCCACAAGUCUUAUCAUUUGGAGGGUUGGCUUAUCUCCAACUACCAAUGAAUGCAAUGUACCAAAUUCGUAAUGUUACGAAUUUCAAUAUUCAUCAGUUUUCUAAUAUAGCCAAAGUGAGGGAAAUUGCAGAGAAUAUACCUGUAUCGUUAGAAAAUAAAUUCGUCGUUUCCAAUCAUUCUAUUGAUAAGCAGUUCAAUAGCUUUUUGGUACCGCCAUUUUACGGGUCUAUUGAUUUGGUAUUUGAGAAUUUUGGUUAUGUCAAUAUAAAACCCACUGGAGCCAAGCAAACCAAUGAAUUGAUGAAAUUAUAUUUGUAUCCUGGUAUGCAAGCAAUCAUUCGCCAGCCUAUAUCAAACUAUGUUGCAAAGACAUUUAGUGGGUACGACAAAAACGGCAACCCUUUAAGAAAGGAAAACAUUUUCAAAAAGAGCACAUUUAGAUUGAUUAGAUAUUCUGGGAAACAGCCACUAUUUAGUAAAUUGAUUCCCUCGUUUUAUAAUGAAUCUGGUUUCGCAGCAACAGGGGAGUCAGAUAGGGAUAAGGCGAUAAGAAAUCAAGAGUAUUUGCAAUUGAAUAGUUACGUAAACCCUCGCAAUUAUUACAGUGACACUUUUGAGAUGAGUGAGGGUAAUAAGAGACCAGUACAUAAUGAUACUAAUAAUAGCAGCAUCAGCACUACCAGUAAUGCCGUAACAGCUACUACAGCUACUACAGCCAACAACCGUAAUACCACCGCUUCUAAGAAAAAGGCUCGUCCAUUGAGUACCUCCAUAUCAGCAAUCAAUUUAAAACUACCUCUGUCAAAAUCCAAUACAAGCUCAAAAAAUCUAGAUAAAGAGAAUAUCGAAGUAAAAACACGCGCCAGUUUCCCUGAUUUGAAAUCGAAACCAGUUAGAAGCUAUAUACCCACCACCACCACUACUAAUAAUAAUACUAGUGAAGAAAUAAGUCCUGUUACUGUCAAUUCUCAAUUUGAUUUAAACAAUAUGAGCGAUAUUGAUUCUGUCUCACUACAUACUUGCGAUUCCUUGACAAAAGCGGCGCUACCGUUUCCAUCAUCGCCAAAAAGAUUACGUCGUACGACAAACUUGUACAAUCUAAGUGAUUUUAUAAAGCAAAUAAGUAUUGAUAACGAGAUAUCUGGGGGCGAUGAAAAGCUACCUAUUGUUAAUAGAAAGUCGAUUCAAUGGGAAAACGAAGAGAUUAGGAAAUUGAAUGAAAAGCUACAACUGAAUGAAGAGUCUGUAUUGAGUUCGGAAAUACGCCUUAUUGAAAAUGUCAUGUUCUUGACAACAUCAUGGAGUAAAAGCAGUAAUGAGUGUGACGCGUUGAAGGAUUUUAAAAUGGCUCUCCAGGAUACGGAUUUUGUGCAUUUGCUACAAAAUGAAGAGUAUCAUAGUGAAGAUGGUUUUUGCAAAAUAGAUGCUGAUCAGAUGAUGGGUACAUAUUUAAACAUGGUUAAAAAAGUUUUGUUAUUGGGUUCGGGGUUUGUCGCUAAACCAACUGUUGAUAUCUUAUCGCUGGAUCCCAAUAUUGAAGUUACUGUAGCAUGUAGAACAUUGUCCAAAGCUAAAGCAUUAGCCGCCGAUAAGGCUAAGGCUAUCUCCUUGGAUGUCACCGAUGCUGAGGCAUUGGACAAAGAGUUGGCUAAUUUCGACUUGGUGAUAUCUUUGAUACCUUAUACUCAUCAUGUUAAUGUUGUUAAGUCAGCUAUAAAGAAUAAAAAACAUGUUGUCACCACCUCCUAUAUAAAUCCUCAAUUGAAAGCGUUGGAAAAAGAAAUAGAAGAGGCGGGAAUUACAGUUAUGAACGAAAUAGGGUUGGAUCCAGGUAUUGAUCAUUUGUAUGCCGUCAAAACCAUUGAAGAAGUGCACAAGGAUGGUGGAAAAAUUAAAUCAUUUUUGUCCUAUUGUGGUGGCUUACCGGCUCCAGAAAAUUCUGAUAAUCCUUUGGGUUAUAAAUUUUCAUGGAGCUCUAGAGGUGUAUUGUUGGCUUUGAGAAACUCGGCUAGGUACUGGCAGCUGGGUAAGGUUGUUGAUGUCAAAUCUGAGGAUUUGAUGGCUAGUGCUAAACCCUACUUUAUCUACCCAGGAUUUGCUUUAGUAUGCUAUCCAAACAGAGACUCAACUACUUAUAAGGAGUUGUACAACAUUCCAGAGGCAGAGACUGUCAUCAGAGGAACUUUGAGAUUCCAAGGAUUUCCAGAAUUUGUCAAGGUUCUUGUUGAUACCGGGUUCUUAAAAGAUGAAGAAACUGAAAUUUUCACAAGGGAAGGUCCAUGGAAUGAAGCAACAGCAAAGUUAAUUGGAGCAAAAUCCUCAGAUCAGGAAGACUUGAUCUCUAGAAUUAAGGAGUUGACCACGUUUAAAUCGAAAGAAGACGAGGAGCGUAUAAUUGAUGGUUUCAAAUGGUUAGGCUUGUUAUCUGACAACAAGACUUUGAAGCCAAAGGGCAAUCCAUUGGACAGUUUAUGUGCUACUUUGGAAGAGUUGAUGCAAUACGAGGAAGGGGAACGUGAUUUGGUUAUUUUGCAACACAAGUUUGGUAUUGAGAAUAAAGAUGGAAGCCAAGAAACUAGAACUUCUACUUUGGUUGAUUACGGUGAUCCAAAAGGCUACUCAUCCAUGGCCAAGUUAGUUGGUGUUCCUUGUGCUGUUGCGGUUAAACAAAUCUUGAAUGGAACAUUAAGCAAGAGAGGGUUACUAGCACCAAUGACGUCAGAGAUCAAUGAUCCUAUCAUGAAGGAGUUGAAAGAUGAUUAUGGUAUUUAUUUGGUUGAAAAGACUGUCUAA